GCAGGGAAUGCGUAGGGAAAGGCCCUAGGCCAUAAACGGGGGUGGGGCCUCCCCGGAGGCCAGUGCGCGGCCGCUGUGCUUCACCGGCGCGUCGCUCCGCCCCCAGGGAGAGCCGGCGCUACCAUGGAGGAGUACCAUCGCCACUGCGACGAGGUUGGCUUCAAUGCUGAGGAAGCCCACAAUAUUGUCAAAGAGUGUGUAGAUGGGGUUUUAGGUGGUGAAGAUUAUGAUCAUAACAACAUCAACCAGUGGACCGCAAGCAUAGUGGAACAAUCCUUAACACAUUUGGUUAAGUUGGGAAAAGCUUAUAAAUAUAUUGUGACCUGUGCAGUGGUCCAGAAGAGCGCAUAUGGCUUUCACACAGCCAGCUCCUGCUUUUGGGAUACCACAUCUGAUGGAACCUGUACCGUAAGAUGGGAAAACCGGACCAUGAACUGUAUUGUCAAUGUUUUUGCCAUUGCUAUUGUUCUUUAACUGACUAAAAAUGUUGGGCUAAAGCCGUUAACUUAA